GAUGAAGCAGGAAUCCCAGGUAUACUAGUUGGAGUUUCUGUAGAUGGAAAGGAAGUCUGGUCAGAAGGUUUGGGUUAUGCUGAUGUAGAGAAUCGUGUACUAUGUAAGCCAGAGACCAUCAUGCGAAUUGCUAGCAUUAGCAAGUGUCUUACAAUGAUGGCUGUUGCUAAAUUGUGGGAAGAGGGGAAACUGGAUUUAGAUGCUCCAGUGCAGAAAUAUGUCCCCGAAUUUCCAGAAAAAGUCUACGAGGGUGAAAAGGUCGCUAUUACUACAAGACUGUUAGUUUCACACUUGAGUGGGAUUCGUCACUAUGAAAAAGAUAUUACGAAAGUAAAGGAAGAAAAGGAAAAGGCAAACAGAGCAUUUAAACAUACAAAACCCUAUCAGGAUAAAGAACAAAAAGAAAAUGAAGGCAAAGGGGUUGAAAAGACUGAUUCUGUCAAACGGAGGAAAGAACACGAAGGUGAGGUAAAAAGCCGAAAUUCAAACCCUGGCAGGAGAGACAAAGAAUUUGAGCAAGAAGAGUAUUAUUUGAAGGAAAAAUUUGAAAGUGUAAUUGAAUCACUGAAGCUAUUUAAAAAUGAUCCUUUAUUCUUUAAACCAGGUAGUCAGUUCUUGUAUUCAACGUAUGGCUUUACUCUCUUAAGCGCUGUUGUGGAGAGAGUUUCAGGACAAAAAUUUACAGAUUAUAUGCUAAAAAUGUUUCAUGAUUUGGAUAUGCUGUCAACUGUACUAGAUGACAAUGAAGCAAUGAUAUAUAACAGAGCAAGGUGUUAUGUUUACAACAAAAAGGGACGGCUGGUAAAUGCACCAUAUGUGGACAACUCUUACAAGUGGGCUGGUGGUGGCUUUCUGUCGUCAGUAGGUGACCUUCUGAAAUUUGGAAACGCCUUGUUAUACAGUUAUCAAGCUGGAGAAUUUAAAAACACUAAUGGCAAACUUCUUCCUGGGUACCUCAAACCAGACACAGUCGCAAUGAUGUGGACCCCAGUGCCAAAAACUGAAGUAUCAUGGGACAGGGAUGGUAAAUAUGCAAUGGCUUGGGCUGUAGUAGAGAAAAAACAACAAUAUGGCUGUUGCAGACAGCAGAGACACUAUGCAUCUCAUACAGGUGGUGCAGUGGGGGCAAGUAGUGUCCUCCUAAUUCUUCCUGAAGAGCUGGACUCUGAAGCUAUAGAUACUGGGCUAGUGGCACCACCUAGAGGAGUAAUUGUUAGUAUUAUCUGUAAUAUGCAAUCAGUUUCACUCAACAGCACUGCCUUAAAGAUUGCAAGGGAAUUUGAUAAAGAAAAAUGGGCACGAUAUAUAGAUUAAAAAAAGAGAUACGUGUAACUGAAC